CAAUCCAGCAUCCCUUCGCUGCUGUAGCCACACACUGGUUGUGGCUUUUUGAUCAGCUGGGUUACCGCGCCUGGACGUCAGGUAGCUCUGGACGACUAUGCCUUGAUUCGGGAAGGGGUUUCCGGUUGACUCGCAGUAGUUUUAAUGCAAACGUUAGAAAACGAACUGCCCAGAAUGCACAUUGUCAUCAAAUGCAUUUUUCUGUCCGCUUUCUACACUCUUACAGCGGAGGCAUACGCAGGAUCUGGGUACACCCCGGAAGAUGAUGAGGACAUUUAUGCAAAUGAAGCCCGCUACUCUAGAUACGAAGAUAUUCCACGAUGCGCUCCAUUUAAGCUCAAAAAUGGUUAUGUCAGAUGCAGAACACCACAAGGUGCCCAUUACCAAAAUGUACAGGGGACGGCGUGUGAUCUUUCUUGCCGAUAUGGACAUGAAAUUCACGGACUCAACCGCGUCCAUUGCCUUUCAACCAAGCGCUGGACACAGACUGUUUCUUGCAGAGAAAUACGAUGUCCCAAGCUUUCAUUGUCAACUCAGGGGUUUACAAAGUGCUCAGAUGGAGCCUAUUUUAAAUCGAAGUGUGAUUUUUAUUGUACACCUGGAUAUCAAGUUACGGGAACAAAGGAUGUGAUAUGCAUGCACAAUAAAGUGUGGAGUGGAAAGGAGCCAUCCUGUCUUGAUGUGGACCCUCCAAAAAUAAAGUGCCCCGGCCUCAAGCAGAAGGUAGCUGGGCCUGAGAAGCUGACUGUCCGAGUGAACUGGGAUACUCCCGAGGGAACAGACACAGCAGAUGGCAUUUUGACAAACGUAGUACUGAAGGGUCGGCCUCCUCGUUCAGAGUUUCCCGAAGGCGAACAUAAAAUUCAGUACACUGUUUUUGACAGGGCUGGUAACAAGGCUUCCUGCAGAUUUACAAUUAAAGUGGAAGUUAGACGCUGCGGGAAGCUACAUCCGCCGGAUAACGGCUACAUGAGAUGUACCAGUGACGGCGAUAACUAUGGAGCUACCUGCAAUUUUAAUUGUGUGGGUGGCUAUGAACUGAGAGGAAGCAAAGCAAGUGUCUGUCAGUACAACCUCGCCUGGUCGGCGUCUGCUCCCGUCUGUGCACCCAUGAACAUCAAUGUGCGUGUCCCCACGGCAGCAGCACUCCUGGAGCAGUUUUACGAGAAGCGCCGAUUGCUGAUCAUAUCCACUCCUACUGCUGCCGAUCACUACUAUCGAUUUCAGCUUGGAAUAAACCAGCAAGGUAUAUGUGGAUUUGACUUGAGAUAUGUAACAGUCAUAGAACUAGUUGGCGUUUACCCUGUGCUAGUAGGGAGGAUACGAGAACAAUUUCUGACACCGUUCCUUGUGUUACAACUGAGGUUGCUGCUCCGGAUUUCACAGUCAAGCUUCAACAUGAUCCUUGUUGAUAAGUAUGGUAUGGACAAGGAGCGCUAUCCUUUCCCAGUCACCGCUGCUGAGCUCUUUACACUGAUUGACACAUUUCCUUUGCGAAAAGAUGAAAUCAAGUUGCAAGCUGAAAGUGGUCAGUCAUGCACUUGAUUCCCCAAGCUAAUUUUACCCUGCCUCGGAAUAACUGCAGUGAUUAGCUCCGUGAAUCUGUUGUAUUCUCACAUCUUGAAACUGCCAUUAAUAUAUAAAAAGUAUGCCCUCAAGCUUUCUGUUUAUGACUUCUGAAAUGUCUGUGUAGGUGCAUUGUGUUGUUUUAAUGUUAUCAAUGUGUGAGAUAUUGUGCACAAAGUACACAUUAGGAGAUUAUCUACUUGGAAUGAUUUUCCUAGUUUUGGAAAUGUGCCUCAAUUAUUAUUUUAUUGUGUUUGCAUUGUUCUGACAGAUUAGAUCCUGUCACACCAUUAAUGUUGACCGUCAGUUAUCAUUACCUGCCAAUGCCAUCUCUUGCUUGCUGCCUGACCUCAGUGUGUUUUACAUUGACCUGCUCAACCCUGCACACUGCAUUAAAAUGUUAUUUUGUGGAUGUGA